AUGAAUGAUGCCGCUGGUGAUGAUGAAGCCAAGUUCCUCAUCAAUAACCAGAUUCACACGAGCGUUGUCGUCGGUAGGGUGGUUGUCAGGCCAGCUGCAGCCGAGAGGAUCGGUGCUGCCGUUUCCAUACACUCCAGUGUCAACAACCCUCCAGCCCAGCUCAGUAAACUGGCAAUUGUCAUCGACAGUAACCACAGUCUCGCUGGAAGUAGCGAACAGAGCCUCGCUCACAGCCUCGAGGGUCUUACGGCUAUUCUUGGUACGAUUAGCCGGGGGCAUCAUCAGAGUCCGGUAGUUGGGCACAAGCUGAGUAGCGUUGAAGGAGAAGCCGUGAUCGCCACGGUUACGGUUGAUGAACAACUCGAGCUCGGUGAUCUCCUGGUCGACAACCGCAAUACGACCACGAAGGAUGGUUUGAACAUCAUCGUUGCCCUCAUUGACAUCAAGGGCGAAGUAGCCAGUACCCUGAGCAGAAUCGAUAGCCAGCAGGCUAGGGGGGCAACGUUGACGAUUGUGCGCCACGAGGUCAUCAUGCUCAGCGCAGCUGGGUGCGAGUUUUCGGUGGCCUUGUAG